AUGAAUAACGAGGUGGUUUAUGACCUGCUUAUUGACGAGUACACCUACAGCGAUGUCAAAGAAAAAGAGAUCAAUCUGGGGCUUGACCUCAAAGGUGGCAUGAACGUUAUUCUUGAGGUAUCGGUUCGCGAUAUCCUGAAAGAACUUACCAAUAAAAGCCAAAACGAAGUAUUUCUUGCCGCUUUAGACCGUGCCGAUAAAAGCGCCACCGAAAGCCAGGAAAACUAUCUUACCAAUUUCUUCAACGCUUUUGAAGCCGUUCGUGCCGACAGAAACGCCAAUGUUAAGUUGAGCGAUGCCGAUAUUUUUGGUACCAAAGAAAUGAACGAUAAGCUGGGCUUUAAUGCCACCGAUGAGGCCAUAAAGGCUGAGUUGCGUGCGCAGAUUAAUGCUUCGGUAGAAAACGUUUACACGGUAUUGCGCGCUCGUAUCGACCAGUUUGGAGUGGUUCAGCCCAACCUUCAACGACUGGAUGAAGGCGGUAGAAUAUUGGUGGAACUUCCCGGUGUUAAAGAUCCCGAUCGGGUGAAGAAACUUUUACAAAGUACGGCCGAGCUUGAGUUUUACAAACUUUACCAGGGCUAUGAGCUCUUAAACUUUUUGGGUCAGGCCAACGAGCGCCUGCGCGGAAUAGUGGAAAAUCCCAAUGAGAAAAAGAACAAGGCACGCUCAGAUAGCGCAGUUCUCGAAACAACAGAAAGCGAGGAUGAAAGCCUGGAAAAUUUGGCCAUUGAAAGCGUUGACGAGCAGGAGGAAAUGGCCGCUGAUGUUGACAGUCCGAAAAUUUCAAGCAAUGCCAUUGAUUUAGAUUCAGCCUUAGCGGCAGAAGAUUCUAUGAACCUGCAAUCAUUUGAUCCGCUUUGGCAAGUUCUAUUCCCCAACAUCGACCGUCAAACCAAUCAGGCGCUGCCUGGUCCGGCUGUGGGUUACGCCACCGUGGGAGAUACCGAUCUGGUAAACGAAUAUUUAUCUUAUCCUCGAGUGCGUGCCUUAUUGCCCGCGGGCAUGCGCAACGUGCGCUUUUUGUGGGGCAAACCCAGCGAUGAUGAUAUCUCCGUGCUCUAUGCUGCCAAAACGGGUCGCCAGGGCGAGCCUGCCCUUUCGGGCGAUGUAGUUAGUGACGCCCGCCAGGACUUUGACGAGCGCAACAACGCCAUCGUUAAUAUGACCAUGAACGCCCGGGGCGCUUCAGAAUGGCAACGCAUUACCCGCGAAGCUGCCGGUAGUGAAACUACUCAGGAAGACAAUGAGGCUGUGGCCAUUGUGCUUGACAACAUUGUUUACUCGGCACCGGUAGUGCAAAACGAAAUUCCCAACGGCAGUACCCGCAUCUCGGGCCAGUUUAACGUAAACGAAGCGCAGGAUUUAGCCAAUAUCUUGAAAGCAGGUGCCCUUCCCGCUCCGGCCCGAAUCAUCCAGGCCGACAUUGUGGGUCCUAGCUUGGGUAAAGAGGCCAUAUCGGCUGGCUUGUGGUCGUUUGUUGUGGCCCUGGCCCUGGUAAUGGUUUACAUGGUAUUCUAUUACAAUGGUGCCGGUGGAGCUUCUGUAUUGGCCCUUGUGGUAAACAUGUUCUUCAUUUUUGGCGUGCUAGCUUCAUUGGGCGCGGUGCUUACCCUUCCGGGGAUUGCCGGUAUUGUGUUGACGAUAGGUAUGGCGGUUGACGCCAACGUUCUGAUUUACGAGCGCAUUCGGGAAGAGUUAAACCAGGGAAAAGGCUUGGCCUUGGCUAUUAGUGACGGUUACAAGAACGCCUAUAGUUCAAUAAUUGACGCCAACGUUACUACUUUCUUAACCGGGGUUAUAUUGUACGCCUUUGGUACCGGCCCUAUUCGUGCAUUCGCCACCACUUUGAUUAUUGGUAUCUUAACCUCACUUUUUUGCGCCAUCUUUAUCACGCGUUUGGUAUUUCAGUACCGUUUAGACCGCAAGAAAAACGUUACGUUCUCUACCAAGAUGACCAAGGGCGCUUUCCAGAAUUUGAGCUUUAACUUUUUGCAAAAGCGCAAAAUAGCGUACUUGAUCAGUGGCUUGAUUAUUUUAACCGGGGUAAUCUCAUUGGCUACACGUGGCUUAAACUACGGUGUAGACUUUGUGGGUGGCCGCUCCUAUCAAGUACGUUUUGAUCAGGCGGUAAAUUCAGCUGAGAUUCAAACCACCUUGGGUAAUUUCUUUGUGAACGAGAAUGGCACUAAAGUUUACCCGGACGUUAAAACUAUUGGUGAGCCUAAUCAGGUGAUUAUUACCACCAAAUACCGCAUCAACGAAACCGGCCCCGAAGUAGAGGCUGACAUCAAAGAGAGCCUGUAUGCCGGUGUGGCCCAGUUUUAUCAGAACGCCCCCGAAAAAGAAGUGUUCUUUUCAGAAGCGCAGGGCGAUUCGGAAAUUGGCAUAGUAGCGGAGCGACAGGUUGGUCCUACCAUUGCUGACGACAUUCGCAGUGCCGCCAUUUGGUCUAUUUUGUUCUCCCUUAUUGUGAUUUUCCUCUACAUUUUGAUUCGCUUUAGCAAGUGGCAAUUUAGUCUGGGUGCGGUAGCGGCCGCAUUCCACGAUGUACUGGUGGUACUUUCACUGUUCUCACUGCUGUAUGGCUUUUUACCUUUCUCCUUAGAGAUUGAUCAGGCCUUUAUAGCCGCGGUGCUAACGGUUAUCGGAUACUCGCUAAACGAUACCGUGGUUGUAUUUGACCGUAUUCGUGAAUAUUUAAAUACACACAAUAAGCGCAAGGGAAUGACCACCGUGGUUAACCAGGCCCUGAACAGCACCCUGAGCAGAACGGUGAAUACUUCACUUACCACCUUCUUCGUGCUACUAAUCAUCUUCAUCUUUGGUGGAGAUGUAAUCAGAGGAUUCAUGUUUGCCUUGCUGAUUGGUAUUGUGGUAG